UGCCAGACGCCGAUAAUCUUCAAAGAAGAUGACGUCAUCUCGCACAGUGCGGAAGUAGGAAUUCCUGGCGCAAGCUAGCAUAGCUCAGUCACUUUGACAGCUACAUUAGCAUCAUGUCAAGAGACCUAUCGCUAGAAAUAAUUUUACCAGAUUUGAAUAGAAACACAACGUAGAGUUGGGUGUCAGUUGCGGAAAUACGCUUGGUCUGCGACAAUCAAACCAAAGCUAGCUAGGUGAAUUAACUAGCGUUAGCCUGAUUAACGCUAGCUAGCUACGUCAAGAGAGCUACAGAGAAAAGCAGCAUGGUGCAGCCCCAGGCAGACAUAGCCCUGCAGUGGGAGAUGGCAGGGGACGAGGGUGGCGUGCAGCCCCAGGCAGACAUAGCCCUGCAGUGGGAGAUGGCAGCGGACGAGGGUGGCGUGCAGCCCCAGGCAGACAUAGCCCUGCAGUGGGAGAUGGCAGGGGACGAGGGUGGCGUGGCUCUUCAGGUUCCUGCUGAGCUGGCAGCCAAUGAGGUGGUGACUAGACUACUGGGAGACAACCAGCAGCUCCGAGAGGCGUUGCAGCGCAGCAACCAGGCCCUGCGUGAGCGCUGUGAGGAGAUGGAGGAAUGGCAGCGGAGGUCUAGAGAAGAGAGGGAAUUCCUCAGCUGUCGUUUCCAGGAGGCCCGGGCGCUAGUGGAGAGACUGGCCAUGGAGAACCACAGCCUCACCAGCCUGGCCAGCCCCUCUAGCCCCUCCAACCCUGGAGCGAACCAAGGCCUUCUGGUCAACGGCUCGGAGACCAACGGACCUAUGGCAACCUCUCUGCCCGCAGGAGGAGGUAAAGACUUUCUCCAGCUGCUGAAGAGCCACAAAGAGAAGUUAGAGGAAGGGAUGAAAGAUCUGAGGAGGAGGAAUGAAGAGCUGGAGAAAGAGAGGGAGGAGGGAGAGAGAGAGAGAGACUGCCUUCAUCGCUCGGUUGAGCAACUCAGAACCAAACUGAGUUGUGGUGUUACCGAGGAAACGGUUCAGCGUUCCGAUGCCCCGCCCUCCUCUGACAGCUCCCACCUGGCCAAACUCACAGAGCAGCUUCAAGCCACACAGGGCAGGUACAGAGAGCUGCAGGAGAAGUUAGAUUCCCUCCAGAAGAGUUCAGCUCAGAGAGACAGAACUGAAGUGCUGCUUAAACAGAAGGACAAGGACUGUGCCCAGCUGGCUAAGGACGGCGAGGCGCUGAAGGCCCAGGUGACGUCUCUCCUGGGAGAGCUGAGAGAGAGACAGAGCUGUCUGGACCGGAGCCAGCAGGACCGCAACAUACUGGACGACAGGCUGAGCAGUACUCGGGAGGCGUUGGCAGCAUCAGAGAGAGAGAUGGAACAACAGAGGAAGCAGCACUCUGUGACGGUAGACAAACUACUGCUGCAGACACAGAACCUAGAGACCGCCCUGAAGACUGACCGCAUGGUUAUUACUGAAGAGAGGAGGAAGCUCGCCCAGCUGCAGCACGCCUACACCUGUCUGUUUAAGGACUACGACUCCAAACUAAAGACUGAGGGAGGAGACAUGGUUGUCCGUCUGGAGGAGGCAGAGAGAGCGUUGGCUCUGAAACAGGACCUGAUUGACAAGCUGAAGGAAGAGGUGGAGCAACAGAGAGGAUCUCUAGAGACCGUCCCUGUCCUCACCGUCCAGGCUGAGAUCUACAAGGCAGACUUCCUGGCGGAGCGGGAAGCCAGAGAGAAGUUGAACCAGAGGAAGGAGGAGCUUCAGGACCAGCUGAACACAACGCUGGCUGAGAUGGAGCGUCUGAAACAGGAGGGGACCUCACGGGCUCGGAUGGAGAAGAUGCAGCAGAGACACCUGGAGGUCUUCAGACCACCACGACCCCACAUCACCCCACAACCAGGGAGUGCAUUUAACUCCUCCUCCCGCAGCGUGGGAUUGGCUGCAGAGGGAGUGGCUGGAGGCGGGGCUGAAGAGCUUCCUGACUACCGCUGUCCAAAGUGCCAGUACCAAGCCCCCGACAUGGACACACUGCAGAUACAUGUCAUGGACUGUAUCCAGUAACACACACACACCUAGAAACACACACACAGAUGUGUGUGUGGGGG